AUGAAUCUACAAGAAGUGGAAACUUCAUAUAAUGAAAUAACAUCAUCAGCACUGAAACUUAUCAUGGAGAUUUCAAUCAAUAAACUGAAGAAUUUUCAAAGUACCUUACAACCAUCAACAGGACCACUUUUAAGAUCAACAGAGAAUAAAAAUAAUUUAUUAAUGAAUAACUCCAACAGAUCAACUACAUUUGAAUCAUCUCAACAUAUCACUUUUAAAAAGACAUCCAAUAAUUUUUCACCAAGUAAUCGCUUAUACAGGAUAAUGGUAAUUUUAAAAAUUGCUAAGAAAGCAAGAUCUGUAUUAUUAAAUCGAGAAGCACUUAAUACACCACAAACGGAUAAUAAAUCAGUUGAUGUACAAAACAUUUCCUCUUCCGAAAAUGACUCAAGUAAUCAUUUAUAUAACACACAACAAUGUGAUCCUGUGAAACAACCUAGUACACCUAAUCAGAACUCAAUUCAAACUAAAACGUAUUCAGAAUUAAGAGUUUUAUAUCCAAACAAGCAAAAUGAACAAAUGUAUCAACGUGUCUAUGAUUCUGUUCCAAAUAACUCUUCAGUAUGCACUAGCAAUAAAAGAGCAUUUGAUUAUAAACCAUCUACUUCGAUACCUGAAAAACGUGCAUUUUUAAAUUUUCAAAGUGAAAAUCCUAUGAAAUGUGAUAAAUCAUCACAUCAAGAUACAUCAAAUGUAAUGCAUAGUUUAACUACUCCAGGGAAUAUGGAAAAUAGUCCAAUUAAACCAAUAUUUAACCAACAUAACAAUAACGAUAAGGAAUAUGACGUUCCUAAUGAUAAUGAUGUCAUUGUGUAUUCAAAAUCUUAUCCAUUAUGCAAAUGUCGAUUAUCAAUUCAAAAUUCCGAAGUAUAUAGUUUAGGAAAUGGUCUAAUGACAUCGAAUGAAGUAUUAUUAUCGAGUACAUCUCUUCAACAAAUGAAUCAUUCAAUGGAUUAUGAAGGAAUUAGUAAUGAUUAUGGACGAGAUAUGUGUAUAUGUCUUUCCAAUUCACCAAAUUCACGACCAUUGAUUACUGGAAUAAUAUGA